UCUGGUGAGAAAGCCUGAAAAAGAGUUUUUAGGUCCCACGAAGCAAACGAAGAAAGUGUUGCUCUGUUGCAUUGCACUGCUUCCUCUGUUUCUCUUGUAACUUGUUGUCAUGGUCAUGGCUACCUCUAGUCUCUAUACUUUUACUUUCUCCACCACCUCUUCCUUCUCCAAACCCUCCUCUUUCACUUUCUGCAGCAACACCACCACCGCUUCUUUUUCCCUUCUCCAACCCAAAUCCAAGUCCACCGCGGUAACCGCACUCUCUCACUCUCACAAGCCCCCUUCCCCUGUUCCUCUCCCAUGCACCGACCAAAAGCCCCGCGAGGAGUGCGGCGUGGUGGCCAUCCACGGCGACCCGGAGGCCUCCCGCCUCUGCUCCCUCGCCCUCCACGCCCUCCAGCACCGCGGCCAGGAGGGCGCCGGCAUCGUCUCCGCCCACAACAACCUCCUCCACUCCGUCACCGGCGUCGGCCUCGUCUCCGACGUCUUCCACACCUCCUCCCUCUCCCGCCUCCCCGGCGCCGCCUCCAUCGGCCACGUCCGGUACUCCACCGCCGGGCACUCGAAGCUGGCGAACGUGCAGCCCUUCCUCGCCAACUACCGGUUCGGGUCCCUGGCCGUAGCCCACAACGGCAACUUCGUGAACUACCAGUCCCUGAGGUCCCACCUCGAAGAAAACAACGGUUCCAUCUUCAACACCACCUCCGACACCGAAGUGGUCCUCCACCUGAUCGCCACCUCCCACCACACCUCCCUCCUCUUAAAAAUCAUGGAAGCCUGCGAAACUCUAGAGGGUGCAUACUCCCUGGUUUUCCUCAGCGAGGACAAAGUGAUCGCCGUUAGAGACCCCUUCGGCUUCCGACCCUUAGUCAUGGGAAGAAGAAAAAACGGCGCUGUCGUUUUCGCCUCGGAAACAUGCGCGCUUGACCUAAUAGAAGCCACGUACGAAAGAGAGGUGCAGGCAGGUGAAGUCCUUGUGGUCGACCACACCGGAACCCAAUCCCUCUGCCUCGUCUCUCAUCCACAGCCAAAGCAAUGCAUCUUCGAGCAUAUAUACUUCGCGCUUCCCAACUCCAUUGUCUUCGGGAAAUCCGUCUAUGAAUCUCGUAGAAAGUUCGGCGAACUAUUAGCCACCGUGUUUCCCGUUGACUGCGACGUUGUCAUAGCGGUUCCUGAUUCCGGCGUGGUGGCGGCGCUUGGUUACGCCGAGAAAGCCGGGGUUCCGUUUCAGCAGGGGCUGAUUCGGUCGCACUACGUUGGGAGGACGUUCAUCGAGCCUUCGCAGAAGAUAAGGGACAUCGGCGUGAAGCUGAAGCUGUCGCCGGUACGCGCCGUGCUUGAAGGGAAGAGGGUGGUGGUUGUGGAUGAUUCCAUUGUGAGAGGUACCACAUCGUCUAAGAUUGUGAGGCUGAUAAAGGAGGCGGGGGCUAAAGAGGUCCACAUGAGGAUCGCGUGUCCUCCUAUCGUGGCGUCGUGUUAUUAUGGAGUGGACACGCCGAGUUCGGAGGAGUUGAUAUCGAAUAGGAUGAGUGUGGAGGAGAUAAGGGAGUUUAUUGGCUCCGAUUCGCUUGCGUUUCUUCCCUUGGAGAGGUUGAACAUGUUGAUGGGGACUCAAGCUCCUAACUACUGCUAUGCUUGCUUCUCCGGGAACUACCCUGUUCAGCCCCACCAACUUAAACUCAACCUUCCCCACCAUGCUUUCCUUAAAAAUCAGGAGCAAGUCAACGUUGUUAGUGUCUGAGAAUGUUACGCUACAAAUAACUGCCCAUUGGGUUUGCCUAGAUACAUAAAUUCUCAAUUCUCAACGCCCAUGCAUGCUUAAUAAUUUUUCUUAAACAUCUCA